AUGUGACCAUGAGACCAUGAGACCAUGAGACCAUGUGACCAUGAGACCAUGUGACCAUGAGACCAUGAGACCAUGAGACCAUGUGACCAUGUGACCUGCACCCGUCCGUGGAUCGUGGAUCAGAGUCAAUUGGGAACUUUGCGGCUCCACUGUCCCAGAAUAACGUGAUUUACAAUCGCUCCUCAAAUGAUUUACGGGCAAAAUGUCGGUGUUUCAUGUAAACGUGCCCAGAUCGAGAACCGGCUGCAGUCGGACCUGACGCGAGUCGACCAACGAGCAUCCGGGGACAUGAGCGACCUCGGAGGAGUGGGAGCGACCUCGUCCGCCGACCUGUCGUCCGUCACCAGCGAGAUGAACGCGAGCAGCGCGACUCGCUGCCGACAGGCCGCCACCUCGCCACACGUCUUCUUGGUGCUGGUCUACAGCCUGUUGUUCCUGGUCGGUUUGCUCCUGAACGGUUUCGCCCUGAGGGUUUACUUCUGCAGAGCCAAGCAGACGACCAGCAGCGUCACCGUCUACCUGAAGAACCUGGCGGCCUCCGACUUCCUGCUCAGCCUCUGUCUCCCUGUACGAAUCAUCAACUACGCCAGCAGCUCCGUCCCCGUCCACCAGGUAUCUGAAGAUCGUUCAUCCUUUGGGGACUCACUUCCUGCAGACCGUGCGAGCCGCUCGCGUCAUCUCCACGCUAACCUGGGUCUUCCUCCUGUCCAUGUCGAGUACCUACAUCUCCCUGUCCCUCUCCACCUGGGCACCAGUCCCCUCUGUCCCCGGCGCAGUGAGCUGUGGUGUCCUGCGCAGUCUACCGCUCCGCCUCUUCUACAAAAUCAUCCACACCUGCUCCGCCGCCAUCUUCCUGCUCGUCCUCGUCUCCCUGGUCCUCUUCUACCACGGUACGUCCCGCCGGCUGUCGCAGGCUCAGCAGAGGCAGCCGGCGUCCUCCAGCUCCAAGAAACUCGCCAAGUCGCGCAGGAACAUGUCGGUGCUGGUCGGCGUCUUCUGCGUUUGCUUCGUCCCUUACCACCUGGUGCGUCUGCCCUACGCCUUCCUGCAGAUGCAGUGCUCGUGGAGCCCGGCCUUCUUCUACCUGAAGGAGCUGAGCAUCAUGUUGUCCGUUCUCAACGUCUGCCUGGACCCGCUCAUCUACUGCAUCUUCUGCAAGGCCUUCCGGGCCCAGCUGAGCGCGAGGAGGACGGUCAGCGCCACGCAGGUCACCUCGCACGCAGGACGGCUGGAGAUGAGGAGCGGCGACGAGGGUCGAAGCCGAGCGACGUGUUGACAGACACCAACACUGUGACUUGUGGGGCCGGGGUUAGGAAAGGAGACACGACAAAGGAGACACGACAAAGGAGACACGACAAAGGAGACACGACAAAGGAGAUACGACAAAGGAGACACGACAAAGGAGAUACGACGCCACAAACCGGCGACCAAAUGAAACGCACUGUCACCUUGAUUAAACUCCACAUUUCUCCAGGUUUGAAGAUAUGAAGUAAAGAACAAAACUCAGCUACAGAUAGAAAAAGGACGAGUAUUUUAGACAUUUGAAUGUGAGAAAGUGAUGAAAGACUAACAAUCAAUUCAUUAACAUAUUAUAUUGUUGUUGCACUUGUAUCAUUGUAUAUUUCUACACUUCACGACACAUUGUGGUUACAUUACCCAGUGAUUAGACACCGGGAAGUAAAGUCAACCCGCUAGCAGUUUCCCCCUGUUUCCAGUCUUUGUGCUAAGCUAGGCUAAACCCACAGUAUGUCUGUUCUGGGAGAUGGAAGUGAGGAAGCUGAUAUUCAAGACGAUUUCCAUUUUUAAAAAAAAGUCUGACUGUUCCUUUAACUAACAGCUGGUUGAUGAUGUAGUUUUAAUAUAAAUAUUUCAUCAUUAA